CUCUGCGUCUCGGGAGCGGCUGCUGCUGGAGCGAGGGCAGCACUCAGGAGCCCGCGUCCGUGCCCCCGUCCCUCGUGCUUCCCAGCACCCCAGGAGAAGCGGGCGCCAAGCCCGGCCCACGGCCACCAUGUCGAGCCUGUUCGACCUCAAGAGCAGCGUGCUCAGGCAGGUGCAGGUGCGCCCCUCCUUCCGCCGCCGGACUGAGGAGGAGGAGGGCACCUCGGGCGCUGAGGUCCCAGUGCCCUCCCAGGAAACCCGGUGGGGCUCAGCCGGCCCUCGCUGCCCUCAGGUGUUCAACCUCAACUCGGAAGAGCUCUCGGAGGCCGUGGGGCGCGUGAGGAAGGCCAAGGCUCCUGCCUACGCGCUCAAAGUCUCCGUUGUGCGGGCAAAGAACCUGCUGGCCAAGGACCCCAACGGCUUCAGCGACCCUUACUGCAUGCUGGGAAUCCUGCCAGCCUCGGGCGCGCCACGGGAGCCCACCCGCAAGGAACAGCGCUUCAGUUUCCGCAAGGGCGGCAGGCGCAGUGGCAGCAGCGGAGGUCCCCGGGAUCCUCUGCCCGCCAAGUGCAUCCAGGUCACCGAGGUCAAGAGCAGCACCCUGAACCCCGUGUGGAACGAGAACUUCCUCUUUGAAAUCGAGGACGUGAGCACGGACCAGCUACACCUGGACAUCUGGGACCACGAUGACGAUGUGUCCUUGGUGGAAGCCUGUGGGAAGCUGAAUGAGGUCAUGGGCCUGAAGGGCAUGGGCAGGUAUUUUAAACUGAUUGUUAAGUCUGCAAGGGCGAAUGGGACAGCUAGCCCCUCUGAGGACCACACGGAUGACUUUCUGGGGAGCCUCAACAUACCCCUGCGAGAAGUGCCCGUGGCUGGCCAAGACCGCUGGUUCAAGUUGGAGCCCAGAUCCAGUGCUUCCAGAGUGCAGGGCGAGUGCCACCUGGUCCUCAAGCUCAUCACCACGCAGAGAGACACCAGCCUGAGCCAGAGUGGCCGCUCUAGCUUCACGUCCUACCUGAUGCUGCUUCAGAGCCUGCUGCAGUUUGAGCACCGCGCUGAGGAGCCCAACUCCAGUAACUGGUGUGGUGAACUCAGCGGGCCAGCGACCACCAUCCUCUCACUACAUGGUGCCCAGGGCAACCUGUCGCCACUGCAGCUGGCUGUCCUGCACUGGCAGGUCAGCAGCCGCCACCACCAGACUCGUUCCCUGGACUAUGGCUACCUGCUGGGACUACUGGAGGACAUGCAGGCACUGUGGGAGGAGGCUGCUUCACUGCCCCAGGAGCAGGAACAGAGCCUGGCUGACAGUUUCUUGGCGUUUUCCGAAUUUGCACUGCGGCUGCUGCGCAGACUCCGGAGCUACUUUCCAGCCACCAACAGCACUGCUGUCUCCCGCCUGGAGCUUCUGCUCAAGUGUCUGGGCAAGCUCCAGUUCUUCCAGGCUUCCCUUAAGACCUGCCCCUUCGAGAACGAUCUGAAUUUGGACAUCGCGGCCACCCUGAAGAGAGGCACCUGUGAGUGGUUCGCCGAGCUCCUAGCCGCGAAGAGUCCCCGCGAGCAGCCGGCGCCGCAGCGCCUCCCAGGGCUGGUGGAGCUGGCCGACGCCGUCUACGCGGACCUGCAAGUCGCCGACAGCAUCUAUGCCAGCCUCUUCCACAGUCUCCUGAAGGUGGACUUCUUCACCCUCACCUCCUGGCAGCUGGAGCGUCUGGUGGCCGAGGAGGCGUGCCUGCUGCUGGAGGAGCUGAGUCCCAAGAUGAUGCCGGAGGUGGCCACGGGGCUCUUUGAGCUGUAUCUGACCCUGGCAGACACCCAGCGUCUCUGUAACAGCGUCCCCGGCCAGGACAGCCGCUCCCUGGCCCUGGCGAGCAUCCAUGUGCCCUUCCUGCCGGCCAUCAAGCUGUGGCUGCAGGCGCUGCGGGACCAGACCCGGUGGCGGCUGCAGAGCGCCGUGGACAUGGACACGCUGGAGCCCGUGGACCCCACCUCCAAGCACAGUGGCUCGGCCACCACCGCGGGCCUCUGCUUCAGCCACAUGCAGGAGCUCUGGCUGCGCCUGGCGUGGCCGGACCCCUCCCAGGCCCAGGUCCUGGGCGCCCAGCUGGGCCAGGAUCUGUGCGAGGCCGCCCUCUUCUACACGGGGCUACUGCGCAGGAAGGUGGACAUGCAGCCUGGGACGGCGGCCGAGGCACUCUGCGUGGUCCUCAGCGACUUGGAGCUCAUUCGCAAGGCCACCGGGCAGGCGCUGAAGGGCCUGGCGUGGCCUGAGGGCGCCGGGGGACUGGAGAUGGGGCACCCGAGGCCCCUGCUCAGCUGCUCGCAGACGCUGGACGACGACCUGCAGCUCGAGGCCGUGGCCCCGCUCAUGAAGAGCCUGGACGACAAGCUGGCUCUGCUGAACGCCUCGCUCGAGAAGGAGAACCUGGCCAGGGUGCUGGAGGCCCUCUGGGAGCUGUUGCUGCAGGCGAUCCUGCAGGCGCUGGGCGCACACCGCGACGUCUCCUCCGACUUCUAUGGCCGCUUCCACUUUGCGCUGGAGGCCUUGGUGAGCUUAUUCCACGCUGAAGGCCAGGGUCUGUCCCUGGAGACCUUGCGGGAUGGCAGCUACAAGAGGCUCGAGGAGGAGCUGCGUCUGCAUAGAUGCUCCACCCGCGAGUGCAUCGAGCAGUUCUACUUAGACAAACUCAAACAGAGGCCGCUGGAGCAGAACCGGUUCGGGCGCCUGAGCGUCCGCUGCUACUACGAGGCGGCCGAGCAGAGGCUGACGGUGGAAGUGCUUCACGCUGCCGACCUGCUCCCGCUGGACGCCAACGGCCUGAGCGACCCCUUCGUGAUCGUGGAGCUGGGGCCGCCGCACUUUUUCCCGCUGGUCCGCAGUCAGAGGACCCAGGUCAAGGCCCGGACCUUGCACCCGGUGUAUGACCAGCUCUUCUACUUCUCCGUGCCGGCCGAGGCGUGCCGCCGCCGCGCUGCCUGUGUGCUCUUCACCGUGAUGGACCACGACUGGCUGUCCACCAACGACUUUGCAGGCGAGGCGGCCCUCGGCCUGGCUAGCGUCAGCGGCGUGGCUCGGCCCCAGGCUGGAGGGGGUGUGCGUUCCGGGCAGCCAGUCACACUGCACCUGCGCCGGCCCAAGGCCCAGGUGAGGUCAGCGCUGCGAAUGCUGGAGGGCCGCACCAGCAAGGAGGCGCAGGACUUGGUCAAAAGGCUUCGGGAGCUGGACAAAUGCAUGGAGGCAGAUGCCUGAGCACUCACGGGCCCCAGCCUCCAGCCUGGAACCCUCACCCCUGUGUAACACUCAGCCCAUCCUGCCCCAGCCCCUACUGCAUGUGCCCUGCUGUGGCUGGAUCUGUGGCUUUGCCCCAUGGGUUGGUGUGAUGUGUCCUGUAAACCCCCAAGCCCACCCCCAAAUCUGGAUGUAGACUUUCAGGGGCCAAGAACAGAGGCUGUCCUAUGGCAGAGGGAUCAGACCACCAGGUGGGUGUCCCCCACCACAGGUAGUGAGGCCAGGAGCCCUUGCUGAGCAGUUUGCAUGAAACCAGACUUCCUUCCAAUAAAAACUGUGCCCUGUGUCUUAGAGCAGUGUGGUCCUGCCCUGGGCGUGCUGGAAAGAUCAAGGGACUGCAAAAGCAGGUGCCCACACUUUAUCCCGGACAAUGGACUAUGCACAAAAGCUUUUAAUUCUCAAGAAUGCAGAGUAAAAUUUUUUUUUUUUUUCUGAAAAGGGGACAGGCCAGAUAGGUUGGCAGACCUGUGCUUUAGAAGAAAGAUGGGUAUAUGUGUGUAGGUGUGUAUAUGGGAGGUGAGAGCAGAUGGCCUGGAGGCUGAACUGGGCUGGUAUCCUCCCUGCUCCCUCCCCCCUACUGGAUAUGGAUGUUUGUAAGGAUGAUGGAGGUGGGGGUCUCUCUCCAACUGGUAAGCACACCUGGGUCAGAUGCCCUGGUAUCACUAAGCAGGGACAUUGCCUAAGGCUGGUGGGCCCUCAGAAGCACUCCUGAGGGGCAAAGUCUGCCCAGAUGGAGGCUGAGAGCCCCCAGCCCAGGGGUUCUACAUCAGGUGUGAACAAGCAGGCUCAUCUGGGCUCCCUGACUUCAGCUUCGAGGGGCUCGGGCCCUAGGGCAGGACCUAGGCAAGCCUAAAUCUAGUGCUGCUGCUGGCUACUGGCUACUGGGGCCGAAACCACCAGGCCUGUCUCCACCCCACUCCCAGUGUCCUCCCAGUCCUCCCUCUGUGAAAAAUACAGAUCUCUGUGACCCCUCA